GCUCCGUUCGGUCGUUCUUUUGCUUCUCCCUUUCGGUCGUUGUCCACGACCCCGGCCGCUUCGUGUUUCGUUCCUACCGUCGUUUCCUACACGAUUCCCAACCGCGAUCACCGCGGUUCCUCGUACGAGAAACACCGUGGUCGAGAGUUGUGAUCGUGGAGAGCGACAAGUUCGCGAUCCUAUCGCGCGAUAACGAUCGCGAUCCCGAAGAGGAGCGAUAGUUAUUGCAAAAGUAACGUCCAGCUCUGUUCCGCGGCAGGUGGCACGUUAGAGAAACACGUGGACCAGUGGAUCCGCCGCCACGGAAUCGAUUCUUCCCAGUGACAGUCCCUCGAGUGCAUCGUGUGCGUUUACCGUAUCGCGAACGCUCGAUUUCGGUUGAAUAAGCGCGUUAAGUGUCGCCUGGCCGCAAGAUCGCGAACGUUAUCGGGAUGUAAUCUCGUCGAAGAGCGGGAAAGAGUUUCGCGACAGAGGAAAGAGGUUCGACAAUUGGAGCUCGUCGAAGAGAAGGAUGUGCUCUGGUUGGUCGACGGCAACGUGACAAGUUCCUCUUGGAUGGUCCAACGACUUCCGACAACAACCUACUCGAAAGGAAGCUUCCACCAGCAUCUACCCCAGCUAUCCACUCCUAUCAAACCAAGGACUCGCCCAGUAGAUUUCACAAUAACCCUGCAGAGGUAGCUCGCCAGUGGUUAACUACAGACCAAUUUUACGAAGAAAGCAUUACAGAAAUCACACGUUCGAUGGUUGGGCAAUAGUCCUCGAUCAUACCAGAUAACAGCUCCCUGCCUAACAGCGAAUCGAGGAGCUCUUAAUGGGCAUUCCAGUUGGACUCUCUUGGCUGGCACUCCGAGAGGGAAGCAGAAUCCGCGAGGAGGAGUCUUGAGAAUCCCUGGAGGACUCUAUGGGCGCUCGAGGGUUGCGCGGAGUGGCGAAUGACUUGUUGCCGCGAGAUAAUCCAGCUCCAUCUCGUUCCGAGAGGCCACGAAUAUGAUCGACUGACUGUCUCGAUGGCUGGCGUGUAACUGUUCCGAACCAGGAUACCUCUUCCUACGGUCGGGUCGUCCUUAACGAGCCGAGGACACUGAUUAAUAAACGAGUGGUUGUGCCCAGCUGCCAGGGGGGACGCAGACAUGUCGCGAAUCUCGAAUCGCGUCUCCAUCGUCGCUGCGAUAGUCAGCAUAGUGCUUCUAGUGAUAUUUCUAGUGAUAAUAUGGACUGGUGUGCGAUCGAGCAACGCCUCGAGCUUGUACGGGGAUGAAGGGAGAUUGGACUCUGGCUUGGGGCCCCUGGAUGUCAUCCUGAGGGAGGGCUGGAACCAGUCUGGACGAACCGUGGCGAUGUUCGACGAGGCGAACUUUACUGAGAAAGUGGUCCAAAAAGUGGUGAAAUCGUCCUGGGAUCGCAACAGGUCCUCCAGCGACGCGUCGUCUGCCUCGAAUCCCGAUCUGGAGUACGUCAGGCUGAUGAAGAUCAGCGAGAACCAGUACGAGGAUCCGCCAGAGAAAUAUUCGACUGCCCAGAGGCAUCACAGCGGCCAUUUUCGCCACGCCACAGCGGAAGUGUGGGACCCCCAUCCCCAAUACGAAUUCACAGCCUUCGGAAGAAGAUUUCGUUUGCGUCUUGCGCACGACUCCAGCUUCUUCUCGCCUAAUAUUAAGAUAACUCACAUAAGCGAGAAUACAACUAGGAGGGAACAUCCGGGCCAUGAACUUGGGUGCUUUUAUAGCGGAACUGUGGACGACGAUCCGUAUUCCGCCGUCACUGUCAGCCUUUGCCACGGAAUGACGGGCCACGUGAGAACGUCGACAGGAAGCUACAUAAUUAAGCCAGCGGAGCCUUGGUCAGAAAACGACAACGAUUCUCUACAAUUCUCGCUGCAGCAUGCCAUUCAGAGGUUGCGAACAUCGACUACCGGCUCCAACCACUUGUACGACGUCGAUGAUCAGCCUAAAACCCGAAACUGUGGCGUUAUUGAUGACGACACCCCAACUCCUAUUUCAGACGACACGUCUGGCAAUGAAGUUUACGUUGGCGGUAGAUCUCGCGAGCGCAGAUCAUUGACUGAAAAAACGGCCCUGGAUCAUUCCCAAAGCGACGAGGAAUACGAGCAGUUCAGGGAACAGAGGGAACGACAUCAGCAUUUCUUGCAAAACGACAACAGAUACGAGAGAUACUACUCCGUGGACCGCAGACGAAAUGACGUCAGCGAGGAGUACACCCAGGACUCGAAAAUGGAAUCGGAUCCCUUCGUGACCUGGAGACCACGUCGAGCCUUGCCACGUGAAUAUUUCAUAGAGAUCAUGGUGGUGGCCGAUGACAAAAUGGAGAAGUACCACGGCAAAGCUUUAUUCAGCUACAUCUUGGUCCUGAUGAGCAUGGUGUCGCGGCUCUACAAGGACCAGUCCAUUGGUAACCCUGUGAGCAUCUCCGUGAUGAAAAUCGUGAGGACCAACGAAAUAUUCGCGCCUAGGCACAACGGAAGGGAAGGAAUCGCGGCGUCAGACAUGCUGAAGGGGUUCUGCAAAUGGCAGAAGCACAACAACCCUGAUGAACCGUCCCCAGAGCAUCACGACGCUGCUCUCCUUUUAACGAGGGAAAAUCUGUGCCACAAUCCCGACGAAAUGCGCUGCGACACUUUGGGUCUGGCCGAGCUGGGACGUAUGUGUUCUCCAGGGUCCUCCUGCGCCAUCGUUCAGGACAAUGGGCUGGCUGCUGCAUUCACGAUUGCUCACGAGAUUGGUCACGUACUGAAUAUGCCACACGACGACGACGAUACGAAGUGCAGAGGGUUCAGGAACCGUUCAGGCGUGCACAACAUCAUGUCCAGGAUGCUGGACGACAACACCUUCCCGUGGGAAUGGUCUGCGUGUUCCAGGCAUUACGUCACUGAGUUCCUCGAAGCUGGGAACGGCAACUGCCUGCUCGACAAGCCCGCGACGAUCAUGGAAAUGGAGGACGCGAGCAGACUGUCAGGCGAGGAUUACUCCGCGAACAAGCAGUGCGAGCUCGUCUUCGGUCGAGGCUCCAGGAUCUGCUCCCACAUGGUCAGUGAUGUGUGCAGGAGAUUGUGGUGCACCGCACCGAAGUGGGAUCAUCAUGAUGAAUGUCAUACCCAGUACAUGCCCUGGGCUGAUGGAACCGCCUGUGGCUACGACAAAUGGUGCCAUCGGGGCAAGUGCGUCUCUCGAACAAAUCUGGAGCCGGUGCACGGCCAAUGGGGUGAAUGGGGACGCUAUGGCGAGUGCUCGAGGACCUGUGGCGGGGGCAUAAAGAAGAAGUAUCGCGAGUGCAACAGUCCACUCCCUCAAAAUGGUGGAAAUUACUGUGUCGGGGAUCGUGUGAAAUAUCGCAGCUGUGGGACCAAGGAGUGUCCUCCAGGAAGUCCGGAUUUCAGGGAGCAGCAGUGCUCGCAAUUCGACAACAACAACCGAAACAUACCAAACGUGACCAAGGACGUGAAAUGGCACGCCAAGUAUACGCGGAUAUUGCCACAGGACCGUUGUAUAUUGUACUGCCAAGUGGAGAGCAAUCAGUAUUACAUGCAGCAUGGCAAGGUGAUCGAUGGAACGCCGUGUGGCCUGGACACCUUCGACGUGUGCGUGAACGGCCACUGUAAACCAGCGGGAUGCGACCACGUUUUGAACUCGAUGGCGAAGCUCGACACUUGCGGCGUCUGCAGGGGUGACAAUUCCACUUGCCAAAGGAUCACGGGCACCUACAACUCCACCCAGUACGGGUACACGAGAGUGACCAAGAUUCCAGCGGGAAGCAGCAACAUCGACAUCAGGCAGUACGGUUGGAUGAAUUCCAAAGACGACAACAACUAUCUAGCUCUAAGACUCGGAGAAGGCGGCAAGUAUAUACUGAACGGGAACUUCAUGGUGAUGCACCAGAAAGUGAUCGCCAUCGUGCAGUCUGGUGUCACUAUCGAGUACAGCGGACCUGAAUCGGUUGUGGAGCGUUUAAAUAGUUCCAGACCUAUUGGCACUGACCUAAUCUUAGAGGUGUUAUCGGUGCCAGACGAGUAUCCACCUCAAAUCACCUACGAGUACACGGUGCCUAAAAAGAUCCUAGACAGUUACACCUGGGUUCUAAGCAACUGGUCAGAAUGCAGUUACACUUGCCAGGGCGUGAAGUAUCGCAAAGCUAAAUGCAGGAGCACCGAGCACAAGGAUGUCGUCUCCGACGACUACUGCCGCGAGGAAGACAAACCACGCGAGGAGAGCCAGCUCUGUAACCGUCACUGUUACCUCAAGUGGCAAAUCACGUCCAAGUCCGAGUGCUCCAGUCAUUGUGGCUCGGGUACUCGCGCUGUGACCUCCAAGUGCUUCCAAAUCCUCUACAACUCGAACUAUCCGCCUCGUCCCGUACACGCGCAGGCCUGCGCGCAUCUUCAACGACCGAACGAAAAGGAAGCUUGCAGUGGUCCCUGCGAGAACGUUCAUUGGAACUACGGUGAAUGGGGUAGCUGCAGUGUCACCUGCGGGGGUGGAGUUCAAUACAGAACAGCCGUUUGCGAGCACUCGAAUGGGAGACCAGUGAGCGAGGACAACUGCGCCAGACAGGAGAAGUAUCUGAAGAGGAUAUGCGGACAGGACGCGUGUCCCAAGUGGGACUUCGAAAAGUGGACCCCUUGCUCCGUGACGUGUGGUGUGGGCAAACGACGAAGGCAAUACUUGUGCCACGUGGACAAUCGAAUAGUGUCGCAUAGUCAUUGCGGUGACUCGCCUCCUGAGGUCGUGGAGGCUUGCAAUGCUGGGCCUUGCGAUCAAUGGCAAGUUGGCGACUGGAGCACGUGUUCAGUCACCUGUGGCGAAGGUAUAAAACAAAGGAAAGUCCUUUGCAAGACUUCUGAUGGAACUACUAGCAACAAAUGCUCCAAUUCUGACAAACCAGAGGACAUCGCCUCCUGUCAGCUUCAUCCUUGCCCGAUAGUGGUCAAUGCACCACCGAUUAAAUAUUCCUCUGAUCCACCACAGGAGGAUCCUUCCCAGCAGGGCAACGAGGUUGGCGAUAUUAUAUUCCGUUCUGGGUACCAGUGGCAUGUUGGAUCCUACAAGGAGUGUUCCAAGCCUUGUAUCGAUGGCUACAUGUCCACGGUGGUGAAAUGCGUUUCCACCGAAACGGAAACCAUCGCUCCCGACGACUACUGCGACAGGAAGAAGAAACCAUUGUCUGCUAUUCCUUGCAACCCCCAUCGAUGUCCAAUGUGGAACACUGGUGAUUGGAGUCAGUGUAACGUCGAAUGCGACGCGGGAUUCCAACACCGCCAAGUGCGUUGUCAGAGUCCCUACGGUGAAAUUCUACCGGACGAUAGCUGCCACGACAGCGAGAAACCGGAAGUGGUGAAGAUCUGUCGAAAGAGCCCCUGUAUGACUCCUAUCAACAGGAAGAACCGGUUAGAAACGAACAUUUUCCGAAAAUGGAAAGUGUCUAACUGGACCUCCUGCUCGAAAUCGUGCGGUAGCGGACUACAGAGGCGAAGGGUGGAGUGCACGAUGAGGAGAGGAAACCACGGACCGGAAGUGACGGUUAAGGACGAGCAGUGCUCGAGGCUUGGUCUGGCCAAGCCAAGAUCGCAGAGGUCCUGCCGACGCGUUGCCUGUGACUAUAUUUGGCAGGAAGACGCUUGGUCUGAGUGUUCAGCGAAGUGUGGCCAAGGAAUCCAACGACGGACGGUGACCUGUUAUCGCACCAAUCGUUAUGGAGUGAUCGAUCCAGCACCCAGUGACAAUUGCCCGAUGGAUCAGAAACCAUCCACCGAACAAACUUGUAAAUUGCGGGACUGUGACGACAAGUAUUACUGGACUGCUGGUCCAUGGAAGAAGUGCAGUCACACGUGCGGCCAGAAGGGCCGUCAAACGCGAAGAUUAUUCUGCCAUGACAGAACUGGGAAGAAGGUGAUGCGCGUCAACUGCCCUCUGAAACACAAGCCGCCCCGGAAGCAGAAAUGCAACCAGAGAAAGUGUUACCCAGUUUCUUGCCUCGAAGCCAAGAAAUAUUUCAAAACAACCAAUGACACCGAAUACACUUUGAUCGUGAGCGGAAGAAGCAUGUCGAUUUACUGCCAUGGAAUGGCUACCUCGGAACCAAAGGAGUAUUUGACUCUAGUGGCUGGACCUCGAGAAAACUACGCGGAGAUAUAUGACAAGAGAUUAAUAGAUUCUCGAACAUGUCCCUACAAUGGACAGAGAAACAAUAGUUGCGAUUGUGCUACCGACGUUGGGACCAUUUCUGGCAAAACAAUGUUCAAAAGGGUGCGACUCGAUCCUGUCAAGCUUUACAUUACAGAGAACGAUUACACAUUCUCGUGGACGGAAGGUGCGAAUCGCGUCAAGUAUGGUAUGGCUGGUGAUUGCUAUAGUCGUGUCUAUUGUCCCCAAGGUCGCUUCAGCAUCAACUUAAGCGGAACUCGUCUGAAACUAUCGUCGGAUGUUACUUGGACGGGAAAACCUGGAGUAUCGAUGGAAAUUAAUAAUAUUAGCAAUCAGCGCGUCACUGGAAAAUGCGGAGGUUACUGUGGCUUUUGUCACCCUAAAAUCGGCUUAAAAUUGGAUGUCCUACCACCCUAGUCCAGGAAGUAUGGAGCUUACUAAUCUCUAGAUGCCUGUGGAGUACAGCUUUCAGCAGAUAAAAAUUCCACUAGUGGAUUCGAGUGCGUUGCAGAGGAGUGGUUCCGCGAACACAAGAUGAAAUCGACGAUCUGCCAACGAACCGACAUCUUGACCUCAAGAUUACUUAUCAUUCGCUUAAGUCGUCACUAGUCUGCGUGAUUUUUAGCAAUAGUUAUUGGACGAAAUGUUAACGUCGUACGAGCAAAGAGACAUCGCUUCGAUGCGAGCUCACGUGCCCGGAAAACGCGAAGGAGCACUCGCGAUGAACUAUUUUCGAUACGCCGAAUAGAGUGUAGAUUAAUUAACAACCAUUUACUUAACGAUUUGCAUUUAGAGUUCAAUGGUUUAUUUAUAGUAAGGUGUCCUUUGUAGAAUUUCAUUUCUUGUUGCUAAUUCUACAGUAAAUUCAUCCAAGCCUAUUGAAAUAGGUUCUCGAAGUCGACACACCGAGAACUUGAAGAAGAGAAAAGUGGAAAAACUAUUUUCCAACGUGGAACAAUUCCAAGGGAAUAGCCAGAUAUUAGCGAAAGAAAGGAAAACCCGCCGCGAAGAAAUUUCAGCGAAACUAGACGAAAGUUUUCGUAAUUUAAUAGUUAUGGGACGCGAAUUAUGAACUAGGAAAAGCGCACUGUAAUACUUUCGUUCGCCGAAUUCUUGCAUUUGUCCAGUUAAGAGUUCCAUUAGAUGUGUAAAUAACUUAAUAUCCGGUAAGGACUGCAGUAUUCGUUUUGUUCAUACUCAAUGAAACAUGACUGCCAAUUUGGUUGGAAACUGGGUAAAGAAAGAAAAACUGGAACCCAAAGUGGAGAACCAAGUGGUAUAAGCCCAUCUAAUCUUUUCUAAAGUGGAGGAUCUAUCGAGAUAAUUAUUGAUUACAUUGAUAAAUAUUGAUAAAAGGAUUAAACCAAGCCACAGUGGGAUUUAACGUUUCCUCUAACAAUAAAUUCCUCCUAUUGCACACCUUUCGAUGGAUUCGAUAUUUGGCAUCUCUUGGACCAUCUUCUAAUGGAAGAUCCAGGUCUGAACCUGUACCAUUUGGUCAGUCGAGUACUUCAGCUACUGUAUGACUAAGAAGAUGCAAAUUGAGGCAGCUGUACAUUCUGCCACUGCCGUAAAUCCAUGCCUUAUUCACUAUGUUUGUACAAUACGUUUUGAUGCAGGUUUAAAGAGAAGAGGUAUAGUUACAACUAGAGUUUGCGCAUUUUUAUCUAUUGGCGUCUACUAGGUCACUCCUCCUCGCUGGCAACGCUUGCUGGAGUCGUUUGACUUGAAACACCGAGACUUUAGUAUUUUCGUGACACGUAGAAUAUUACAUUGGGCGACCUAUGACUUAGCGUGGUUGAUUUAUGCGAUGUUUUCGGAGCCGAGAAAUUCGUAUCGCGCCCACGGGGGCGGUUCUGAUGUAGCGAAUGGAAUUAACUUAUUAACGUGAGUGGUAACUCAAUGCUAGCGACCGGUAUCGACUAUUUUAAGUACAGAACGUUGAUUGGGAAAGCGGUGUGAAUCUAUUUUUGACAAUCGAAAACGUAUCUUUCAAUCGGAGACCUGGACAUUGCUUAAAAUAUUUUAUUUGACACGUUAACUGUGAACAUUUUUCCGAGGCGAAAUUUUCUUUGAAAAUAAUUGGAGAAUACAUAAUCUAAGAUUCGUUGAGUUACGAUCUUAUCUAGAUUUAUUGGGUUGUCCAGAAAGUUUGUGCCAAUUUUUAAGAAAAAUUCAAAGGCACAUUAGAAUUUUGAUAUAUAUUUAUUGAAUUAUAUAAAUACCAUUUUGUUCCACGACCUUUCCAUCUUUUAAAUGGAUUGACCCACGUUAAUUGUUUUCAACCAUUCCAAUAUAAACAGACGUGUACAACUUAACAAAAAUCGGCACGGACUUUCCAGACAAACUAAUAUUUUCUUGUUCACUUCAUCUGCAGAAUCAUUUUCUUUAAAUUCCUAAUGAAAAGUUCUAUCGCCAAUAUAUUGGUGACACGGCAAUCGAUGUGUUAAAAGUUUCAUAAUGUAGGUUUUGGUCUCCUUCAUCCACCUACAUAAUUCUGUUGGUUUAUAAAAUGAAGCAAUAACAGAUCGGGAGGAAAAAUGAAUACUCAAAGCAGAUACGAGUGAACACACCACAUUUUCAAUGAACGCUGCAACCGAUAUUUUUAGGAGAUGUUUAGAUCCUUUGAAAUCGAUGCCUUGAUUUUCGAGACGAAAACCUUGACUAACGACGAGGGAAACGUGAAGAGAGUCUCUCGUACCUACUCCAAAAUACCAAAACAAUUCUCGAGUACAAAUCCUUCUUUUGGCAGAGGUACGACGAACUCGCUCUCAUAGGCUAUUGUAUGAGAACCGAAGGGAAUUUAGCUAAGUACGUAACGUUUCAACAGACUGCCAUAGUUAAUGUUAUUAUCGAAUACAUAUAAAUAUAUAUAUAUAUAUAAAUAUACAUUAAUUUUUUAAUUAGAGAGCGAAUAACACGGCGAAUUCGGCCAUAUAGUAACGUAGCGAAGCAUAGAGGAUGAACGAUCCAACUAUCGUCUUCUAGAGCAAACUAGAGCUCUUCAAAAGCAACCUUGAGCUUUCGGUAUUCUCGUAGAUAGACGAUAGCGCGGAAAAACGUUUUGUAAUCAUUUUUGUACAGCCAUGUGAUCAAAAUUUCUACACGAGUCAUCAACGACCUAACAGGUCGCACGAUUGGUUUCGCCAUGUUUGUAAAAAAACCUAUAAAGUGGAAAAAUGGAAACGAAUCGUGUGACUCGUUUAAUAACGAAUGUAGAAUACAUAUUGCAUGAUAAAAAGAAAAUGUAUCCGUUUUCGUAUGUAUAUUAUUCGCAGUCGAACGGUAGUUUACCAACUAACACGUGACAAUUUCUUCCACCUACCAUUAGGUAUUCUAUUAUUCUUUUUGUUAUGUAUCCUGCGAUACAUGUACGUCUAAAUGUAUUGUUUUUUGUUUCUCGUAUAGCGCUUCAUACGUUUACAACAAUUCUUUGAAACGAUCGCGAAUUGUUACUGCCAAUAUCGAGUAUUUCUUUUUUUUUUUUUACAAAUUUAAGCGUAUCGCGUAAUUAUAAGCGUAGAAAAGUUCGACGCGGUAAUUCAAUUGCCACGAUCUCGAAAUCUCAAGUUGAUUUGACUUUUCUUUCUUUUCUGUUUUUUGCGUGGUCUCGAAGACAGACGUAAUCGUUUUGCACGCCAACACAGCGAAAUAACAUUGUACAGUCUCGAUUAGUAAUUUAUUAAUACGUAUCGUUUAAUAUCAUUAAUAUGUAGCUUAUCGUAGAGGCGAUCAUUAGUACCAGUGUACGGCAAUUAUUUAAAUAUAUUAAAUCCACAAGUAAAAUUUGUCGAUAUUAGUGUGUAGAACCACCUGUCGCAAGAGAAAUGAAUU